GCGAGUGUGCAGUGUUUUCGGGAGCUCCUUCGAGACCGGCGUGGCCUGAAGCGCGCGGGGUUAGGUCAGUGUCAACUCGUCUGCCCGUCACGGACAUUCGCGUUCCUUUCGACGUUUACCUCGUUCGAAUAUGUGAUCCCCGUUGUACAGGAUACCUGGCAAUCGAGCAAUUCAGAACGCUUCCGAUUCGUGGUUCACGGUUAGUGCGGUCGAGCGAGGGUUCGUGGGUGUCGGUUGUGUUGUUCAUAGUGGAGGAAUCAGAGGAUCAUGAUGCCCCCGAUCAUAGGGGAAACGCUACGAGUAUGGUUUCUCUCGGCGUUGGUGGUUCACGGAGCUGUCGCCGGGAAUCCGGACGCGAAACGCCUUUACGACGACCUCCUCUCAAACUACAACAAACUGGUACGACCCGUUGUGAACACCUCGGACGUGCUACGCGUCUGCAUUAAGCUGAAGCUAUCGCAGCUCAUCGACGUGAACCUGAAGAAUCAGAUCAUGACGACGAAUUUGUGGGUCGAACAGUCAUGGUACGACUACAAGCUGCGAUGGGAGCCGAAGGAAUACGGUGGUGUUCACAUGCUACACGUGCCGUCCGACCACAUAUGGCGGCCCGACAUAGUCCUCUACAACAACGCGGACGGCAACUUCGAGGUGACCUUGGCCACGAAGGCCACCAUCUACCAUCAAGGAUUGGUCGAGUGGAAGCCGCCCGCCAUUUAUAAAUCAUCCUGCGAGAUCGACGUGGAGUACUUCCCCUUCGACGAGCAGACCUGCGUCCUCAAGUUCGGUUCGUGGACCUAUGACGGCUUCAAGGUCGACCUAAGACACAUGGACGAAAAAUCGGGAAGCAACGUGGUGGACGUUGGGGUCGAUCUGUCCGAGUUCUACAUGUCGGUAGAAUGGGACAUUUUGGAAGUACCUGCAGUAAGAAACGAAAAAUUUUACACCUGCUGCGACGAGCCGUACCUAGACAUUACGUUUAAUAUAACGAUGAGAAGGAAAACACUUUUCUACACUGUGAACAUAAUUAUACCAUGUAUGGGGAUUUCUUUUCUUACGGUGCUGACGUUCUAUCUACCCAGCGACAGCGGGGAGAAGGUCACGCUCUCCAUCUCCAUUCUCAUCAGUCUUCACGUGUUCUUCCUGCUGGUCGUUGAGAUCAUUCCACCUACGUCGCUGGUCGUGCCGCUGCUUGGAAAGUACCUGAUAUUCGCCAUGAUACUCGUUUCGAUAAGUAUAUGUGUAACGGUGGUUGUACUGAAUGUCCAUUUUCGAUCACCUCAAACUCACAAAAUGGCGCCUUGGGUGAAAAGGGUAUUCAUUCAUAUCCUUCCACGCUUAUUGGUCAUGCGAAGGCCUCAGUAUAAAUUCGAAGCAAAUAGAUAUAGUUCUGGCAGAGUGUUAAUGAGAACAGUAAGGGGGAAAGAAAAAACCUGUUAUUAUCCCUAUCACCCAUCUACUCAAGAGAAUAGCGAAGAACAUUUAACUCCUAAACGAUUUCAUAGUCGUGCUGCAUCAAAAGAAGACCUUUCACCUUCCAGUCUGGCGGAUGGUGCAAGGUUCGGUGGAAGCUGUUUAAUCCAUGGACCACCAUUGCCUCCGCUUCCUCUUCAUACCGAGUGCGAGGAUCUGUCGGUUUCCGGCGAAGCAGGGAUCGAGGAAGUUAAAAGUCCUGUCCUACGAAGUCCUCCAGCUUUCUCGCAUUCGCGUUGUCCUCCAGAAAUUCACAAAUCCUGCAUCUGUGUGCGUUUUAUCGCCGAGCAUACAAAGAUGCUCGAAGAUUCAACCAAGGUAAAAGAGGACUGGAAAUACGUGGCGAUGGUGCUGGACAGACUGUUCCUAUGGAUUUUCACAUUGGCGGUGCUGGUCGGGACAGCCGGGAUCAUCCUGCAGGCACCAACCCUCUACGACGACCGAGUUCCAAUCGAUAAAAAAUUCAGCGAAUUCGCUACCACGACGGUAGUAAACUGCCCGCCGCAAUAGUCCAUGCCCGAGCCCUGCACCGUAGACAAAGACUAAGGACCAACAGCCGGAAGUAACUGUGCUACCAACCCGGAUCAUCCCGCCCUAGUCUUAGGAACAUUAAACUUCAGUACACGAGAUUACGGUAAAAGGGCUCCACUUUGAACGUAUUUCAACAACAGAAGACAACAGACGACGGAUAUUCAUUGAAACUUCUAUUAAAUUGUCCUUUUCCUUUCCAAUAUACGACGUUGUUCCUGUUCUCACGGAACCUUUUAACAGCAAAGAGUACUGGAAUAUUUUUGGAACAAUUGUCGAGAUAUGUAUGUUCUAAUUGAGAAGACGAGAAGAAUUUUGAUUCGUCGUUGACGGAAGAAGCGAUCGAAUUAUACCUACAUAGUCUGCUCAAGUAAAUCGUAAUAUGAAGCUGCCACUACUUAAUCGGGUUACCUUUAAAAGCAACCAACUAAUUAAAAGUACUUGUAAUAAUAAUUUAAUUCAAGCCCUUGCCGGUUCUGAUCGAACAACCGGGACGCUUGAGGGUCGACGAGGGUGACACUAGCGCCUCUGGCGGAGUAGCAGCGAACACUAGUGGCUGCCCAAAUAGAAACUGAGCUUAGGGGCCUCCUGCGGCGAAACUGAGAAACUCCUGGAAGAUUCGUGUGAUCCUCUCGCUAGUGGACUCGUAGUUCAAAGAUUUUCGAGCUGAGAAGCAAUAUUUUCUCUAGAUUCUUUUUUAAAAAUAUUCUUUGUACAAUUAUAUAGCGUCGUACAGAGCCCGAUUUUGUAAUUUGGCCUUUUUUCAGAAUUGUGUCCGAAAAACGUGAAUUACUUUCUCGUAUUUUACUGCCAUUACGCUAGAGGCGCUAGUGUCACACCCGUUGACCAUUAUAGUUCAUAAAGAAAUUUUUGCUGUCGAAAUCGAUCGGUUCCCAGGGGCUAAGGGUUGAAAAAUUGUUGGUACGAUCGCGUGUUUUGUAUAUCCCGUUUAUCCGACACGUUAAGAGAAAUUAUUCUAGGCAUCACGAUCGUAGGUAGCUCGUUGUACGACACGAAUUUAACCCGUAACUUAACGUAUAAUCGAUUAGCUUUAAACAUUUAGAAACGUAACCGUUUAUACGAAUGUAUCUUUAAGGAAAACGGAGGAGGGUGAUCGUUUCUGUGUACGUGCGUCGAAGUGUCGCUUGUGAUUUGUGUUCUCCGAAUUUUAUGAUUAUCCUUGUUUCUUUAACUAGAUCACAAAUUUAUUCGCAUACGAGUAACAUUUAUUUAUGUAAAAUAAUUACAUUUUAUUCCUUUAACGAUAGACACUGUGAAUAUUUAAUACAAAUAUCGUAAAUAAAAUUUACGCUGUAUCUUCAGAAACAAUCCUGAAAUCACAUUUCCUGAAAUGUUCAAGUAUGCGAAUAAGUAUGUGAAUUAUUAUACGUAAACAGUCGUUUUUACUUGUCACACAAAUUACAGAUUCUUGAGAAUGGGUCAGUAUGACAGUGUAUAGGAGGAGGCCCUGUAUAUGUAUAUAGGUUCCUAGCUCCCACCACUUGUACUCUUCAAGUAUAUACUAAAUUUUAUAAUAUUUAAUAAUUAAAAAGUAUGUUAUUUUUUAUCCUAAAUCACUUUUAAUACUAAUAUCGUCAAAAUUAAGGUUCUGAAAAUUUCUUCUUCCCUUGUAACGUCAUUUUCCCUAAGGAAGCCUAUGCUUCAUACUGUACAAGUCAUAUUAGUACAUAUAGUUGUACAUAACGUCACUGAUAAAGCCUUAACGUGGCGACCUUAUUAAGAAGUAUCCUCCAAAGAUGACAAAACGUAAUUAUACUUUGUUCAGUUCGUUCUAAGCUGAUCCAAAGUGCCUACCACAGUCAUUCCGUCAUUUCAAAUAAAUAAUAUACGCGUCUGAAGCGUGUAAUAGGUCUGAAUGCAUUAGCACAUUCAGCUUGGAUGAAAUCUAAAGUUUCCAAACUAGUUGAAAUCAUCAACCGGAUGACAUCAUAAGACGACAAGCUCAACGUACACUGUCGCGCCAAACAUACUGGCAGGUCGUCAACCCAGUCAGGCGUGAUAGCUAUACUGAAUAUUUCAAUGUACCAAUGUAGAUACAACUUGGACAAAUUCGAAGGCUGUCUCAAGAAUCUGUAUUGUACUCCUAUUUUCUCAUAAAUCAUAUUUUCUUUCUUUCAUCGACGAUUUUGACGGACAUCUUCGUUGCAUACACACCGUACUUCGCCUCUGUAGAAAUAUUAUGUAUUUUGUAACAAUGAUGGAAACACACGAAACGUUAAAGUAAUACUUAACUAAUAGUACAGUAAGAACAAGUAAAGCAUACGAAUUCUAAAGCUGAUAGUUGUAGCCGAUUGAACAGCCGUUCAGGUCGUUGUUCAAUCUCGUAGUACGUGGUUGAUGUGUCACUGUGAGUUGUCACGAUUUCGUUUCCGUUUCGUUUAGGAAAUCACGCGGUUAAAACGCCUCGUGCGAGCGGACUGAUAUUCGCGGGAAACGUAAUUCGACGUCGAAGAAUCCGCGGUUCAUUCGAGCUAAUUUUUCACAAUAAAAAGGUCAGCUGAUUUACUGGCUUCGUUUUUUUAUUUUUUUUUUUUUUUUCGAUUCGACAAACCACCGACUCUUCGACGUUUUCAGGCAUAUUUCGUGGCUGAGAAUUCUAGUCUUAACGCAUCAAGGCACGAUGCCUUAUGUCACGUUGAAUUGUACAUACAUUUUAUAGUAGGGUAAAUAUCGGUUCCGUAAAUACUGCCAUUAGGAAGCGUUGUUAGCGUGACUAACGUUUCGAGCCGUUGUAUCGGUUGUCUCUGCCGAAUCUUUAUUAAUCGGUAUCCAGAUUUUUAAAAAAGCAUUGAAAAAAUGGUUAUCGAUUGAUCGAGGCUGAAGCAUGUAGCCAUCAAAUGACAAGUGUAAAAGUAUUUGCUACCUGAUCGAAAAAUCGUCCAGUGAACGCCGAAGCACGUCGUCGAUUCUAGACUCAGAAAGGAGAACAAAUAAAAAUGAAGUUUACUUUGCACUAGAACGAUAGGGAAGAACGCACACAUUUUCUAUGAUAGAGUCCAGUUACUCGUUUACAAAUGUUAAACACUAUAAUUAUGCGCGAUCAGUGUCGAAGCAGCUGUACAAUUAAAGUCCCACCUUGACAAUAGUAUUAAGGGGAUACCCCUGUUUUAACAGUUAUCUUUGUGAAUUUAUUUAAUAAGAACUUAAUAUGUACAGUUUCUUAUAUUUAUAUUCAAAUAUAUUUGACAUUUUAGAACUGUAGCGCAACUGAGGGGAGGGGGUGGGGGUGGUAUCAUGAGCAAUUAACUUCCCUAUUAACUAUUAGACCCAAAAUUACAAAUCACAGGAUAUGAAAUAGAAUUACAAGUGGAGCUCUCUCCAUGGUCCACCACCCAAGAAACUAAAUACUGAAGUAUUUUCCAGAAUUUCAGAAAACAUUAUCGAGAAUAAACAAAAAUAAAUUAAAUUAUUAACAAAAUUUGUUGACCACCCUAUCGGACGAUUAUAGUUGCGCCACUUAAAAUACACUUGUUUGUUAAAAUAUCAGAAGCUUAUUUUUAUUAUUAAAAGCACAGCUAUAAUCGUUAUCUCUUUCAUCCUAAAAAAACAAAAAUGGCACUUUGAAGAGGAAGGUUUGAUUUUUACAAAAAGUUUUGACUGCUGUUGCCUGUAGAAAUGAUAUAUUUUUUAACAUAAAGAAAGUUGGAGACACCCAUUGCAGCCGUGCUUUUAAGAAUGAAAAUAAGUCUGAUAUUUUAACGAGUUAAAUUUUUUGUUUGCAAGAACAUUUUCAAUAUUACUUCAAACAUGUUUGAAUAUGAAUAUAAAAAAACCCGCAUAUUAAGCGUAACUUGUUAAAUAAAUUUGCAAAAGUCGUGUUAAAAAAUGUGCGUUGAAAUGGGGGAUACCCCUUAAGUUGUUGCAUAUCAAAUGGCCGAAUUCGAAACAUAAAAAGUUUGAUACAAUUUGAUGAUAUUAGCGGUACUGCAAAAUAACUCAACAUUUGAAGACCAAUUCGUAAGGGAAGUUACAGAUAGGGACAUCACGCGAUGUCUAAAGUUUCCCUGGCCAAAAUCUACAGAUUUUUAUUUAAAAAAUAUAAUAAUACAAAGUUAUAGCUGUUGAACAUUUUGUAAAUAAAUCGGCCAUUUAAUAUGCAAUUUCAUCGAUGGUUGGCUAUUGUUACUCUGAUAUUUGAACAGUUGUUAACCUGUCGCAGUAGUUGUUUAAUCGUUGUUCAGGUCUGAAACGGAAAACAAGUGCGCCGUAUCUCUAGGUUCUAUUAGCGAAAGUAGAAAGGGAUAUGUAAUAAUUAAGGUGUAAAUAACGUGUACAUAGCUAAGCGUAACGUAAAACAGAGGCUAUAAAGCGAUCGAACGUUUUUUACACUGUUUCAAAAAACUGGGAUCACAGGUUGCACGAAAGAGUCCCAUCAAAUUGUUCAGAAAUUAUCGCAUCGCAAUGAUGGCCGAUAAUUAACGCUGAUCUUAUAACAACGAACAAGUCGAGAUAAUAUCUAGAAGAUUCUUCUAAUUUGCUUUCUUCUUUUAGCAUUUUGCGGUUCUUUAUAUACAUGUUAACACGUUCAGCCGGAUAGUGUCAUAAGACGUCAAGGUGGUUAUAUGGCGCCCUAUGGCGUCAUAAGAUAUCACGCUCAGAGUUUCCAAGAUUAAAAUAACAAUUUUGUCACUAAUUUUCCUCUAGAACGUGUUAAACAUGAUCUUUCAAUAAGUCUAAUUUAUUUUACAAUAAUUUCAGAAUUAUUCUAGGCAAUGGCACUUUAAUUAGGUUCGUGCCCAGGAGCGUAAAGGGUUAACUUUCAGUCAGUAUUAUAAAUACAGUAUUUUCAAAUUUUCACACACAAAUGCUUCGAGUUCGAAUAAAAAGUUCAUUGUUUCGUUGUACGAUAGUUUGUUUAAGUAUGCAUCGUUGACCCCUUGUCUUACGGAAUCGCAUCAAUAUUAUUUAUUUAUACAUUGUAAUUUUUAUUUAACAUAAAAAAGAAAAGAAAAUCGUAAGGCAAGGAGUCAAUUACCGUUUGUAUGUUUCCAGUUAGUUCGUAUCGACUAAACUAGAAUAAAAUCGCGAUACAUUCGACGCUCGAAUCGUUCCUUGAAGCACAAUCUUUCAAUGUGAAAAGAACUUUCCUCCCCCGUAUGUCGAGCGAAAUUUGAAUAAAACUGCGCACACUUCAAACACGAUCGUUAUGCGGGUGUUUCUGGAAACUAAAGAUCUUUUCGAAUAUUUUCCAUGAUUUUAAAGUACUUGACACCUUGUCGACAGGAAACAUUGUCUCCUAUCAUUUUAACACGUUCGAGCCCGAGAUAAGGGGUAUGGUUCAAUUGCCAUAAAGAGAGGUGGUAAAUUUACUCGUUAGGGCUUGAGGUGAUAGGAGCAUCUCAGAGGUCGCAAAUUAAAUUAUUAGAAGUUUGAUACUUUUUCAACCUUUGGCGGACCUUGGAGAGAACCUCCUUGCUACGAGUAGAUUUACCCCAAUGGACUUGAACGUGUUAAAAUAUUUAAAUAAUUUUGAAUCAAAUAAAUCAUAACUACGAACAGAUUACUUAUUUCAUAAUAUAAUUUUCAUAUUUCAAAGUUAUAGAAAUAAUAUUUUUAAAAAUCCUUUAGGUAUUAGAUUAUGUCCCUGUUGAUAAGGUGUUAUCUAGAUUUCAAUUUUGCACGAAAGCAUUUAAGAAUGCUGUAACUUUUGGAAACCGAAGAUAGUUCUUUCGUUAAAGUAUGAACGUUUUUAAGGAAUUUUAUACUUCUCGUAGGAUCGACGAAAAACGAGGAUUCGGUGAUGAUGAAAGAGGGUGGAUUUGUCCACAAUUCUUCUAUUAGGCUUGGAAGCUUCUAAUUGAGAAGAUAUUGCGCGAAAUGCCGAGGAAUUAAGUAGACCAAUCAAAGCUCACUAAAAGUAUUAAACUUAGGAGAAAAGAAUUUGAAUCGCAUUUACACAUCUCAUUUUGACAACGAUUCAAUUAACCCUCGGACAGUCGUACAUUGGGUCAAACAUAAACUAAUAGUUACAUUUUUUUAAGAUAUGUAAAAGUAAAUUUUUAUAUUUCACAUUUUAGCUUUGAUACUAACACCUCUAGCGGAGUAGCAGUGAACAUAAGUGACGACCCAAGUCCAAAUUGAUCGUGAAGGCCUCUAGUGGCGAAACUGAGAAACUCUAGACCGCCAUGUUGGCAUAAAAAAGGUUCAAAUUUAUCGAUUUCGUAGUUCAAAGAUUUUGAAAUUGAGAAGCAAUAUUUUCUCAUGAUUCUUUUUUUUAAAUAUUCUUUAUACAAUCGUAUAGCGUCGUACAGAGGCCGAUUUUGCAAUUUGGCUUUUAAACAUUAUAAGAAUUUGUUCACAAUUUUUCCGAAAAUGGGCCAGAACAUAUUAAAUAGCUGAGCACUGCUGUCCGAGGGUUAAAUACCAUCAAGCUUUCGAUGAAUUCACUGUACAUUCCUCAUUUACAUCUCCUACUACACGUAUUUUACUGUGCCAAGUAAACGCGCGACAAGCCUAUAAAUCGUACAAUGACAAUAAAGAUUGAAGAAGAACCGUUUCAACCAAAAAAUCAGUCAUCGCGAAAUCUGCUCUUUUCAAUUGUCUCAUUGAUCUACUGAAUCGAGACUCAUUUGUAACUGCGGAAGCGACAAAGAUAGAAUUUGAUUAAUUUGUCGCCUCCAAGUCAUCACUUCGUCGCGAGUUAAUUGCUCGCACUCGUUUUUAAUCGACACCCGCGUCCCGAUCUUCGACCAUUAAACACAUUUUCACGCGUCACGUAACGAAAGGUAGCUAAAAUGUUCUGUAAUCGAGAAACAUUAGCUAAACCGUAGGCUAAGGACGAGUAACGAUAAACGAUACGAUUACAUUAUUACAAGAUAUAAUUCUAGCAAAACGAAUGUGCUAUAUAGCAAUAGAGCUAUUAAAAAUGAGACGAUUAACGAGCUGAGAGAAAUUGUAACGGAGAAAAAUAAUCGAGUAUCGAUUAUUAUCGUUAGAUACAACUACCAUGUAUAUCGUUUGUUAAAUAUGUACCUAUGAAUUAUCGACGACCGUCGUUCUUAAGACUACACGAUGUAAGAACGAGAUUCUUGUUGCUUGGUUUUGUAAUCAUGCUUGAUGAAAGCAUUUGAAAAAUAAAACUUGUUGUCGUAGAAA